AACACCUCAAAACCCCCCGAAACCCCGCUCACCCCGGGGGCGAGCGGGAAAAGAGGGACCUUCACACACUCCCCCCUCCCUCCCUCCCGCGCUGCUUUUUAUUAAUUUUUCAUCUAAAUCAAUAUUUUUUAAAAAUUUCCCUCCUUUUUUCCCCCUCACCCCCCUUCCCCCUCCCCUCAGCCCUGCAGAACAUGGCGUCCCCGUCCUAGCGUUUUAAAAAUAAGCCGGGGCUGCCAUUUUUGUUUGCCUUUUGUCUGCGAAUUUUAAUAAAAACGUCUGAGAAUGUGGGAGAGGCGGCGGAUGGAGGGGGGGGUGGGGGGAGCACCCAGCCGGGCCACCCCCCCUUCCCCAAACCCCCCCUUCCACCCCCAUCCCCCGGCCUUUUUGUCUGGCAAACCUCCCCCCCCCCCGCAAAUCCCCUCCCAGGUUGAGGAUUUCAACUUCACUUAACCAAACUUCGCCUUUUUCCACCUCUUUUUUUUUCAUUAUUAUCAUUAUUCCACCAACCCCCCUCCAAGCAGGAAGAAGAAGGAAAGAGAGAGAAAAAAGGGGGGAAAAGCGGGGGGGGGUGGACAUCGAGGAAAAUACCCAUUUACCAGGAUUUUCCCUUUUUCUUUCCCUCUGGAUGGUCUAAUGGAAAAGUUAAUUGCAGCCAAACGUACCUAUUUUUGUGGAUGUUGCAUGUUUGGGGGGGGGUUGCUUUUUUAAUGCAUUCUUGGCUUUUUUUCUGACUUUUUUUGCUUACAGGAGGUGGCAGAAGCAGCGCAGGGGCUGAAUAUUAUCAUUACCAUCAUCAUAAUCACCAUUAUUAUAAUUUUCACCAUUUUAAUUCCUUUUCUCCUUCCUCUUUUCCUCCUUUUCUUCGCUGUUUUCUGCAUUAACUGGUUUUGUCUAGAAAAGUGGUCUCGCUGGCUGGAAGGUCUAAUGGAGGGGGGAGAUAUUUUUUUCAUGGCGUUUUUGGCAGGAAUGCGGCAGCUUUAGCGAGGAACCCAAAUUUCUGUGGCUGUGUCCCAGAGGUCUGUCUGUCCCUCUCCAACAUAUAUUUAGCCAUAUACUAUUUAUACAUCCAUAAUCUCCCGGCCACGUCGGGGGGCCUGGGGGUGGGGGGAGCUUAGAGCCGGCAUGGCCACAGUGAUGGAUUUGAACCCAGGAAUGAUGAAUUUGAUGAUUUUGAUUUCUUUUUCUCCCCUCAAGGUUGGAGGAUGCUCCUUGUUGGGUUAUUUUCCCUCCCCAAGCCUGCGGUCCUUCGGAUAGCAGCCGGGCUUUUUAACCUGGGGAGGAUGGAGCAGGUGAAAGCGGCUUCGAGCCCGAGGCCUUUGAGAUUAUAAAGUGAUAUUUUAGCAGAGAGGUAAAAAAGUUUUUUAAGUCCCUCACGGCGUGCGAUUUGCCGAGAGGCAGAGGGUCCAGGGCCAGGGGAUGGAUUUCACCCCCAAUUUUCCAGCCAGCUCCCCAUCCCUCAGCUUUCCCAACAGCUUGGGGAUGAGCGGGGCUAUAAAAAAAAACCCACUAUUUUUUAUUUUUGUUUUUGUUUUUUUUUUGGUUUUUUUUUUGUUUUGUUUUUAUUUUCCUCUUUUUUUUUUUGUUGUUUUCUCUCUAUUUUCAGGCAAAACCCCACGUUCCCACGGGUCGGAAAAACGCCCCACGUGCAGCACCCGGUCUCAGCUAGAGCUGGAGAUGGACGCGGAUAAGGGGAAGCAACGCCAGUACUCGCAGAGGAUGGCGGAGCCUCGCUUCAACAACCCCUACUUCUGGCCGCCCCCCCCCACCAUGCCCAGCCAGCUGGACAACCUGGUCCUGAUCAACAAAAUCAAGGAGCAGUUGAUGGCGGAGAAGAUCCGCCCUCCGCACCUGCCUCCCACCUCGGUGGCCUCGCAGCAGCCCCUUCUGGUGCCCCCCUCGCCUGCCGAGAGCAGCCAGUCCAUCAUGUCCCUGCCGAAGCUGCAGCAGGUGCCGGGGCUGCACCCCCAGGCCGUGCCCCAGCCUGACGUGGCCCUGCACGCCCGGCCGGCCACCAGCACCGUCACAGGGUUGGGGCUGGCAUCCCGUGCACCGGCCGUCAGCACCUCGGAAUCCAGCCCGGGAACAGGGACCACCACCCCCUCGACCCCCACCUCCACCAGUCAGAGCCGCCUCAUCGCCUCCUCGCCCACCCUAAUCUCAGGAAUCACCAGCCCCCCCCUCCUCGACUCCAUCAAGACAAUCCAGGGCCACGGCUUGCUGGGAGCGCCCAAGGCUGAGCGGGGCCGGAAAAAGAUCAAGGCGGAGAACCCUUCAGGACCGCCGGUGCUGGUGGUGCCCUACCCCAUCCUGGCCUCAGGGGAGACGGCCAAAGAGGGGAAGACAUACAGGUGUAAGGUCUGCCCCUUGACGUUCUUCACCAAGUCGGAGAUGCAGAUCCACUCCAAGUCGCACACAGAGGCCAAGCCCCACAAGUGCCCCCACUGCUCCAAGUCCUUCGCCAAUGCCUCCUACCUGGCCCAGCACCUGCGCAUCCACCUGGGCGUCAAACCCUACCACUGCUCCUACUGUGAGAAGUCCUUCCGCCAGCUCUCCCACCUCCAGCAGCACACCCGAAUCCACACCGGCGACAGACCCUACAAGUGCCCGCACCCCGGCUGCGAGAAGGCCUUCACCCAGCUCUCCAACCUCCAGUCCCACCAGCGCCAGCACAACAAGGAUAAGCCCUACAAGUGCCCCAACUGCUACCGGGCGUACACGGACUCGGCCUCGCUGCAGAUCCACCUGUCUGCGCACGCCAUCAAGCACGCCAAGGCCUAUUGCUGCAGCAUGUGCGGCCGUGCCUACACCUCGGAGACCUAUCUGAUGAAGCACAUGUCCAAACACACGGUGGUGGAGCACCUGGUCAGCCAGCACUCGCCGCAGCGGACGGAGUCACCCGGCAUUCCCGUACGGAUCUCCCUCAUCUAAGCGGGGAGGGGACAGGACCCCCCCAGCACGAGGAGGAGGAAGAGGAGAAGGAGGAAGAGGAGGAGGAGGAGGAGGAGGACGAGACCCCCAGCGCCGCGGGCCGCGCCCGGGCCGUGCUCCUGCCCGGCUCCUGCAGGUUUGGUGACAUCCAAAGACGGUUUCAGAGCACUUUGAAUCUCUGCGGUUUGGUUUCUUUGGGGGGGCAGUGGGGUUGGGGGUGUCCCCCCUGCCAGGCCCUGCCCCCCCUUUUUGGAUACAAAUAUAUAUAUAUAUAUUUAUUGGCCAAGAACUUGGUGCUGCUAAAGACCAGAAAUUCACCCCAAAAAUGAACCGUGGAUGGAGCAAAAAGCAGCUGGGGGAGGGGGAAAGUCCCACUACCCACCCCCCCCCCCACAGACUCUGGGCCCAAGCGCCUCCAUUUGGGGUUGAUUUUUAACCAUUUUGGGGGUCUUUUGUGUUCUCUUGGGGUCCCUUUCGAGGGCGAAGCCGCAGGCAGAGCUGCGUCCCCCGGUGAUGGCCCCCCCAUUCCUCAGCCCCAGUUUUGGGGGGUUCGGGGGUCCCCCUGCUUUGCCUUGUGCCUGCCUGUACAUACCCCCUGUAUAGAGCCGGGGGGCACUGCCCCCAAACUCAUCUAUAUUCUGUACUUUUUGGUUCAUUUUGGAUAUUAACUGUGUUAUUUUUUAUACACUUUUUAAGCCUUAACUCAGCGUUUCUUUGGGGUUUUUUGUUGGGUUUUUUUUUCAGGGUGUUUUAUUUACCUUUUAUUAAUUUUUAAGUCCUCUGUUAUUUUUUACCCCCCUUAUUAUUUUUACCCCUGCCCCCUUAUUUUUUACCCUCCCAUUAUUUCUCCCCUCAAUGUUGUACGAUAUCAAUAUUGUAACCUUUUUUGUCAGCAUGUUAAUACUGUGUAAAUAUGCCUCUUAUA